UCGUCAAAAGUUGUAUCGAAAAUGAAUUCAAGUGUCAAAAUGGAAAAUGUUUGCCCCAUAACGAACCACACGUGCGCUGAGAAUCACUUCAAAUGCGUUUCGACCAGUAAUUGCAUACCAAAUGAAUGGGUUUGCGAUGAUAUGGAGGACUGUACCGAUGGAUCAGAUGAGAAACAAUGCAAAACCGAAUUAGCGUCUUGUCUUCAACACGAGUUCACGUGUGAUAACGGAAAAUGUCUGAUAAACCGAUGGAUUUGCGACGGAGAGAACGAUUGCGGCGACGGAUCCGAUGAGUCGUCGCAUAUCUGUUCCAACAAGACGUGCACUCCGGGAAUGUUCACGUGUUUGUCCGGCAAAUGCAUUCCCGACCGAUGGAAGUGCGACGGAGACCGAGACUGUCCCGAAGGCGACGACGAGACCGGCUGUCCGGUCGUCACCAAAGACGUCGAGUCGGUGUGCGGGCCGUCGGAGUUCCUGUGCGCAAACGGACACGAGUGUAUCAGCACUCUGUGGAGGUGCGACCGAAGUAAAGAUUGUACGGACGGGUCGGACGAAGUGAACUGCAACUACACGUGCCAUAGGGACCAAUUCGGGUGCAAAAACGGCAAUUGUAUUCCCGGAAACAUGAAAUGCAACGGAAAAGCCGAGUGCGUCGACGGAUCCGACGAACACAACUGUCCCGAAAAGGUGGACGAAUCGGCGACGCCCAACACGACUCUGUGUACGGCUGUAGAGCACGAGUGCGCGGACUCGACGCCCGCCAAAUGCAUUCCCGUCGGCAAACUGUGCGACGGUAUGAACGACUGCGGCGACUGGUCUGACGAACCGCGCGAUUGCUCUGUCAAUGAGUGCGUCGACGGGAGUCACCACUGCUCGCAGGUCUGCGUCGACGACCUCUCCGGCUAUCACUGCGACUGCAGGAAAGGCUUUCGAUUGGCCGCCGAUAACAAGACGUGCGACGAUAUCGACGAAUGCGCCGAACAGUACGGCCUGUGCUCCGGACACAUAUGUCUCAACGUUAAGGGACACUACAAGUGCGAGUGCUUCGAUGGCUAUGAGAUCCGCGACCAUCGGUACUGCAAAAUACGCGGCGAAGAGAAACCGCUGCUGAUGUUCGCCAAUCGGCACGACAUCCGCACUCUAGACAUCUCUCAGCGCCACAAACACCAACACUAUCAGCCCCUAUACUCACACCUGUCCUCAACCAUUGGCAUCGAUUACAGUAUUCGCGAUAAUUAUCUCAUAUGGAGUGAUGUGGCGAACGAGAAGAUCUUCAUCGCUCCCUAUAAUACAAGCCAUAAGACAUACAACGGUCUGACAGAGCAGAAGGAGUUGAUCCACAAUAAGGGCGUUGUGGACGCGCUGGCGGUCGAUUGGAUCCAUCGGCUGGUGUACUGGUCGGACACGUCCAGAGAUCACAUAGAAGUGGCCAAUAUAUCGAAUCCGGAGUCGCGGGCAGUAAUUGUCAGCGAUAAACUGGAAGAGCCCAGAGGUAUAGCCGUGAAUGUGAUGGAGUCGUGGAUUGUUUGGACCGAUUGGGGUUCGGCGCCGAAGAUCGAGAGGGCCCAACAGGACGGCAGCGGACGCCUAGUACUUGUCGACACGAACAUCGUGUGGCCGAACGGCGUGACCAUCGAUUUGAUCACUAAACAGAUCUAUUGGUUGGACGCGAAGUUGAACUCUAUAAACGCCAUCGAUUACGACGGAACCAAUCGGCGACUCGUACUCCACUCUCCCGAUUAUAUCAAACACCCCUUCUCUUUGGACAUCUUCGAGGACACUGUCUAUUGGACCGAUUGGGAGUUGGAGUCGGUUUUGGCCACAAAUAAAUUCGGUAAAGAUGAUAACAAAGUGGAGUCUCUAGUCGGCGGUGUCUUUUCCGUAAUGGAUAUCUGUGUUGUCCACUCAUACAAGAAGCCACAUUCGCCCGACCGGUGCGCCGAUCACCGGUGCUCUCAUCUAUGUUUGCCAACGGGUGUCCACUCGUACCGAUGCGUGUGUCCGGCGGACACCAAAUUGAUAGACAACUUCACGUGUGUGUCGACCGUUAAGACGACGACCGCCGAGCCGUCGGACACGAGGACAACGUCCGCCGGCGGCCACUCAUUGGCGCCGAUUCUGGAGCCACAGCCGACCAAAUCGGCGACCGAAGAGAUGACAGAGUCUAUCGAAGAGAUCGAGUUAAUGAAGUCUCACAACAAGAAUAAGAUCAAACACUACCGCGAAAACAAGACACAUACCAUCGAUGACAACACCGCCGGUCAGGAGUCGGACGGAAAGUUGGCCAUAAUUAUCACUGUUAUAUUGUUAUGCAUUUUGAUGUUUAUCUCGACGAUUACACUAUUUAUUUACCGCAAAUAUCAACGGCGUAACAUAACAUCAAUGAAUUUCGAUAAUCCAGUCUAUCGUAAGACAACUGAAGACCAGUUCGCGCUGGAGAAGAGCGACGACUCGCUGUCCUCCUAUCCGUCAAGUCUGGAACCGCUGACGAGUCCCGGCACUAAUGAAUUUGUGUGA